AUUAUUGGGAACACGAUUGCCAACGAAAUGGAUCUGUGUUUUUUUAAGAAAACUUUCGAAUGAACCGAAUUUCAUUUAAUAAAUUAUGCGACAUCCUUCGUCCUCUACAAAAAAUGAAUACGAACUACCGAAAAGCUAUUACGCUCGAGAAAAGAAUGCCUAUAGCAAUACUUGCUUUAGGCUCAUCUGCGGAGUAUCGGAGUACCGCUAAUAUGUUCGCAAGCCGUAGCGAUAUUUUAUCGGAAUUCUGCACCGAAAUCUGGAGACUACUACAACCAUCCUGUUCCAAAAUGUUUCCACUAAAUAGGGAAAGCAUAACAGAAUUGGUGACUGGUUUCGAGGUAUUGGGAUUCCCACAAUGCUUAGGAGCAAUUGAAGGAUGCCACAUUGAGGUUCACCCAUCAUUUGAACAAACUGUGGAUUAUUUUAAUGACAAAGGAUGGUAUUCCACCGUUUAAUGGCAUUAGUUGAUGCAAUGUAAAAUAUGGAAACGAAUUAUACAUAUAAGUACAUACUUAAUGUAUGCAAUGUGUUUUCAGAUACCGUUUUAUUUACAUAAACGUUUGACGCCUGGGACAGGCGAUGUAAUGACUCUCAAAUUCAUGAGACGUCGUCACUUAAGUGAGAAAUGAAGAAUUGUCCUUUAUAAGUGAAAUGUCUCGAGAAAUUUCAGUUUUAAAUGCACCUGUAUUUAUUAUUGGGCAUUCUUCUUUAUCAAACAACAGAUGGAACCGUAUCCUUUUAGCGUAAAUCAAAUUAAUCGUGAGUUGUCGAAAAUGCUUUUGGACAAAUCAAGGCUCGCUUCAUUUUUUGACUAGUUGUGUUGAAAUCCUGAUUUGCUUUUUCAAGCUUUUUUUUCUAUUUACAGAUUCACUCGGCUCAGGUGAUGACUAGGGAUGCAAACGAUGUAUCAAAGUUUUUGAAACAUCGAUGUUUUCGUCAAAAAGCAUCGAUAUUAGCCAUCGAUUUCUUGAAUCUAAAAAUAUCGAUGCAUCGAUGUCACUUUCAACAAUGUUUUAUGUCGAUGUUUUAUAUAAAAAUUUGACUUCACACUUUUUCGGGUAUUAACUCGAAACUCUCUAUUUGGAUACGCUUUAUUACAUUAGAAUUCGAUUUUUGUAAAAUACGUAGAAUUCGUUAAAGGAAUGUGCGCUUGGACAAUACUGCGGUUACUUUUAUGAUUUAUUUAUACAAUUUAAUUCUGGCGUAGGCUACUGCGUUAGAUCAGAGAUUCAAAUUACUGCAUUUUAAAGAUGCUAUGGCUAAAAGAAAUAUUUUUUUUUGUUUCAUAAAAAAUUCAAAGAAUCGCGCUGAUACAACAGAAUUUUCGGAUGAGUGUGAAACAUAAUACUCGUUUGAUAUUUGGAACCAGAAUAAACAUUUGGUCCACCAAAAGGUGAAAUGUAAGCUGUCAAAUUUAUCUACAAUUACAGGGACGGAAGGUUGAAGAGAAAGUGUAUCUCGGCUGUUACCCUUACCAAUCAGAAGCCAAUAUAGUUUCGGUUGACAUGAAUACUGUGUUUCCGGAGUUCUAUAAAUAGGCUUAUUAAUAUUUACACAUUGUGGCCACUUCAGUGCCGAGUAAACGACCGUUUUCUAAACCCUAAAUUCUAAAUAAAGGCGACUGCGAGUGGGAACCGCCAGAACUGCUACUAUCUCCUAUAAAUACUAUAUUUUUUAUCAAAUUUGAUUACUUACCUAAAUAUUUGCAGACAAAAGAAGAAAGAGACCGAAAGGCAAUGGUAAUGCAUGUUUUGGAACGAAAACCCAUUUUUUCUAUGAAAACAUGUUUUCAAUGUCGGACCGAAAGUAGUGUUGUCUUAAUAAAACUAAAUAAAUAAAUUGGGAGAAAAUAAAAUGUUCAGUUUCUCCCGAACUUGACUUAAGGCGUUAGAUGGGUUUCUAAAUAUAUUUUUUUAAUUAUUAAAUAGUGCAAUAUGUUGAAAUAUUCUCCAAGAAGUUCAAAUCCGAGUAAAAUUCUAAGAGGUAGACUUUUUGGAACUUCUGCCCAUCAGGCCACAUUGUAUUAAAACUUAGGGUGAACCCACACCGGAUUAGUCAAAGAUGUCUUUGGCUAAAAAGACACAAAAUCGUUUUCGAGUUUUUCAUUUUAGUUAUAUACUAUUUUUGCAAUAAAAUUAAAAUUCUGAAUCUAUUCGAAUAUAUAAAGAUUCAUUAUUCAAACAAAUGCAACUCUCAAUUUUCUUCUUCUUCUUGACUGGCGUAGACACCGCUUACGCAGUUAUAGCCGAGUCCAAAACAGCGCGCCACGUAUCCCUCCUUCUGGCAGUUUGGCGCCAAUUGGUUAUACCAAGCGAAGCCAGGUCCCUCUCCACCUGGUCCUUCCAUCGGAGUGGAGGUCUCCCUCUUCCUCGGCUUCCACCAGCGGGUACUGCGUCGAAUACUUUCAUAACACAUACAGUUCAUCGUUCCAUCGUCUACGGUAUUCGCCGUUGCCAAUGUUUAAGGGACCAUAAAUCUUCCGCAAAACCAUUCCCUCGAAAACUCCUAGUGCCGUCUCAUCGGAUGUUGACAUCGUCCACGCUUCUGCACCGUAAAGUAGGACUGGAAUGAUGAGAGACUUGUAGAGUUUGGUUUUUGUUCGUCGAGAGAGGACUUUACUUUUCAAUUGCCUACAUAGUCCAUAGUAGCACCUGUUGGCAAGAGUGAUUCUGCGUUGGAUUUCCAGGCUGACAUUGUUAUUGCUGUUAAUGCUGGUUCCCAGGUAGACGAAAUUAUCUACAACUUCAAAGUUAUGACUGUCAACAGUGACGUGGGAGCCAAGACGCCAAUGCGUUCACUGUUUGUUUGAUGACAGGAGAUAUUUCGUCUUGUCCUCGUUCACCACCAGACCCAUACGCUUCGCUUCCUUAUCCAGUCUGGAAAAAGCAGAACUAACGGCGCAGGUGUUGUUUCCAAUGAUAUUGAUAUCAUCGGCGUACGCCAGUAGCUGUACACUCUUAUAGAAGAUUGUACCUUCUCUAUUUAGCUCUGCAGCUCGUAUUAUUUUCUCUAGCAUCAGGUUAAAGAAAUCACACCAGAGUGAGUCACCUUGUCUGAAACCUCGUCUGGUAUCGAACGGCUCGGAGAGGUUCUUCCCGAUCCUGACGGGGAUUUUUGUGUUGCUCAACGUCAGCUUACACAGCCGUAUUAGUUUUGCGGGGAUACCAAAUUCAGGCAUCGCGGCAUAAAGGCAGCUCCUUUUCGUGCUGUCGAAAGCAGCUUUAAAGUCGACAAAGAGAUGGUGUGUAUCGAUCUUUUUUCACGGGUCUUCUCCAAGAUUUGGCGCGUGGUGAAAAUCUGGUCAGUUGUUGAUUUUCCAGGUCUAAAGUCACACUGAUAACGUCCAAUCAGUUUGCUGACGGUGGCCUUUAUUGAAUAGCUCGGCCUUAUUGUUCUUCAAGCGGGUAAUUGCUAUUCGAAUUUCUUCCCUCCACAAACACCGUAUACUCUGGUCAUCAAUAACUAGAUCACCUCUGGGGAUCCUACAGGAGUGUGCUCCGGUCUUGAAACCUUCAAAAUUUUCGAGCAUUACCCCUGUCGGCCAGCUUGUCAAGCUCUUCAUACUCACGCAUUUCGGCCUCUUUCUUUUUUUGUCUGUAAAUGCGUCUCGCUUCCCUCUUCAGCUCUCGGUAUCUUUCCCAUCCCGCUCGUGUUGCGGUCGAUCGCAACAUUGCGAGGUAGGCAGUUGCUUUCUCUCCACUGCGAGACGACAAUCCUCAUCAUACCAGCUGUUAUUUUGACUUUUCCGAAAGCCAAUGGUUUCGAUUGCAGCUGUACGUAAGGAGUUUGAUAUGCCGUCCCACAGUUCCCUUAUACCGAGAUGCUGAUGAGUGCUCUCAGAGAGCGGGAGUGCAAGUCGAUUAGAAAAUCGUUCGGCUGCCGGUUGUGAUUGCAACUUCUCGAUGUCGAACCUUCCUUAUGUUUGUUGACGUGUGCGCUUUUCUACACAGAGGCGGGUGCGUAUUCUAGCUGCUACAAGAUAGUGGUCCGAUGUUGGGACCACGAAGCGUACGCACAUCAAAAACACUGGAGACAUGUCGUCCAUCUAUCACAACAUGAGUGAUUCGAUCCGGGGACAGCCAAGUAGCUUGAUGGAUUUUCUUAUGCUGGAAUCUAGUACUACAGACGACCAUAUUUCGGGCCCCAGCGAAGUCGAUCAGCCUCAGACCGUUUGGUGAUGUUUCGUCAUGGAGGCUGAAUUUUCCGACUGUUGUGCCAAAGUCACCUUCUUUACCCACCCUAGCGUUUAAAUCGCCAAGCACGAUUUUGACAUCGUGGCGGGGGCAGCGCUCAUUGGUACGUUCUAGGCGCUCAUAGAAGGUAUCUUUGAUCACUUCGUCCUUCUCUUCCGUCGGGCGUGGGCGCAAAUCAGCGAUAUGUUGUAGAACCUCGCUUUGAUGCGGAUUGUGGCUAGACGUUCAUCCACCGGAGUGAAUGCCAGGACUCGACGACGAAGUCUCUCUCCCACCACGAAUCCCACACCGAAUUUGCGCUCCUUUAUAUGGCCGCUGUAGUAGAUGUCACAAGGACCCACCUUUUUCCGUCCUUGUCCCGUACAUCGCAUUUCUUGGAUUGCGGUGAUGUCAGCCUUUACUCUUACGAGGAUAUCAACCAGCUGGGCAGAUGCACCUUCCCAAUUAAGGGUCCGGACAUUCCAGGUGCAUGCCCUUAAUUCGUAGUCCUUUAAACGUUUGCAGUGGUCGUUAUCAAAAUUGGGGUCUCUCACCUGAGGCUGUUUUUUCUUUUUCAUUACGGGGUGUUUUUAUGUUUUGGGUCCCAGACCCUACGCACAACCGCAUAGGCGGGUUUCGCCUUCUCACUUUAGCUCGCCUCCAAACGGAUGUCUGUUGGCUACCCAGAGGAUACUUGGUCUAAGACCGGAAGUCGUGAGCUGCUUGAGCCACAUGUAAAAGAAUCGUUCCUGGCCACUCCCAAGUGAAUGACAGUCAGAAACUUUCCUCACUUACGUGAACUUCUACAUAUGACUCCAUCCUCCACUCUCAAUUUUACUUACUUAAAAAUACACUGCUGUUAUUGGAUGUUAAAGUAAAGAAUUGAUAGAAAAGGUAAAUAAGGAAAUGUCAUAAGAAAGCUCAGCGACAUGGCGUCCAAGCGAAGAAAAUUAAAUUUAAAGGAGGAAUUUUAGAUGAAUUAAAAGCGGGGGAAAAGAUUGCAACAAUCUCAAAGCGUACAAAUAUACAUGAAGCAACAAUUCGUACCAUAAGGAAGAAUGAAACAACGAUAAGAAAAGUAGUUGCAGCCGCCAGUACUGUGUGCUUUUUAAGUGGGUUUUAUGUUCGCGAUGUUGCAAUUUUGAAAGCAGAACGUGCACUUCUAUGUUGUAUUGAUGACCAUGCAGUAAAGAGGAUGCCUAUUGAUACAAGGUCUAUAAAAGCAAAGACGCAACAAUUUUAUGUGACAAUUAAAAACGAAGAACCUUCCACUUCAAUUAAUAGCGAGCGAUCCCAUUUUAAUGCCAGUCAUGGCUGGGUACGAAACUUCCUGAAAAGAAAUUCACUACACAAUGUUAAAGUUAUAGGAGAAGGAGCCUCAGCUGAUGAACAUGCGGGGAGAGCGUUUCCUAAAGAGUUCUUAGAAGCAAUUACGUUUGGAGGUUAUGAGGCUCACCAAGUACUCAAUGCGGAUGAGACCGCACUCUUUUGGAGGAUAAUGCCUAGUCGGACUUAUGUGGCAAAGCAAGAAAAGUCUGUGAAAGGUUUUAAAGUAGCAAAGGAGCGUAUCACGUUAUUGUUAUAUAGCAAUGCAUCAGGAGACAAAAUGUUGAAACCUCUUCUUGUUAACAAAAAUCUUAACCUUAGGGCCUUAAAAGGUCAGUUAGAAUAUUUCGUUUUAAACACUGAUAUGUAUUCUAAUUCGCUAAUUCGUUCCACAUGUAUUGAUAAAACCAAGCUUCCGGUCCAUUGGAUGGCAAAUAAACAGGCUUGGGUCACAGCUUCACUUUUCAAAACAAAACUUCUCCGUUCAAAACAACUUGAUUUCAAAGUUUUACUAGUUAUAGACAACUCUCCUGGUCAUCCAGACAUUUCUCAUAAAAACAUGAAGAUAAUAUUUCUACCUCCUAAUACGACGUCGUUAAUACAACCACUCGAUUAGGGCAUAAUUGCUGCUUUUAAACGUUAUUAUGUGAAGCAUUCUUUUCAACACAUAAUAAACGGAAUUGAAACAAAUAACGAAAUGAACGUAAUAUCAGCGUGGAAAACAUUCGAUUUAAAAAACUGCAUUAGUUGUUCUGUAAGAGAAAUUAAGCAAACCACUUUAAAUAGGUGCUGGAAAAACCUGAGGGCGGAUGUAGCGGUAAUGGAUACUGAGAAUGAGACAUUAUCUGAAUAUGCCGAUAUUUUCCAAGUUUCCCAUGCGAUCGGAGGAGAAGGAUUCCACGAUAUAACCAUUGAAGAUAUCAAUGAACUUUUCGAAAAUGUUGUUAUUUCCGACGAUGAGAUUUUGCAAAAUUUUGCAGAAAACGAUUGUAAUGACAACAAAGAGAAUGAUGAGGACAGCGAAGCACAUUCAAACGCUGCUGGUCUUAGUGCAUCUUUGAUCCAAAAUGGGUUAAACAUAGCGAUGGAGUUAGAAAAUCAUUUCCUCAACUUGGACCCAAACACGGAACGGUCUGCAAGAUUCCAGCGCCAAUUAAAUGAAACAGUAGAAUGCUACCGUGAGCUGUAUGAAGAAGUGAAAGAAAAGAAGACGCAGCGAAUAAUGACUGAUUUUUUUAAACCAUAAACGUAUUUUAUAUUAUAUUCCUUUUGUUAACAUUCCCUGUUUUGUUCGUUCCUUUUAAAAGUAAUACAUAUGUAUAUAAUACCAUGAAAAUCUAUAGUGUUUUAAUUGUGUAAGUAGUGUACAGUGAGAAAAUAGAUAGAUUCACAUAUAAAAUUAGAAAUUUUUUUCACGUUUACCUUUUUUGCACGAUUUUUUUUUUUGUAAAUUGGUCUUUAUAGAGAGUUUUAUAUUAAAAUCUGUCUUUUUUUGCACGGUUUGUUUUUGCACGGGUAAUUUACUGUCCCAGUUAACCGUGCAAAAAGGAGAUCAACUUUACUCUUUGGAAGUUCCGGCCAUCAGGCCACGUCAGUAUGAAUGUAAAACUUUAAACACGUUUAUCUCAAAACUCAAUUUUUUAAGACCGUGAACACGACAUAUCGAAAAGUUAUAAAGCGAUUUUAUUUUAUGACAUUCUUGCAUCAAUUAAAAAUAAUGAGAUACCAACAAAACUUAUACGGCUAUGCAAAAUAACGUUGAGCGCUACCACCAGCUCGGUCAGAAUAGAGAAGGAUCUCUCCGACCCGUUCGAUACCAAACGAGGUUUCAGACAAGGCGAUCGCCUAUCGAGAGAUUUCUUUAACCUAAUGCUUGAGGAGAGAAUUCGCUGCAGAUCUUAAUCGUACUAGCACAAUCUUUUUCAAGAGUCACCGUUGGCCUGUGCCGACGACAUCGACUUUGUCGGCUGCAACAACAGGGCCGUGUGUGCAGCAUUUUCAAGCCUGGAAAAAGAAGCGAAGCAAAUGGGUCUAGUAGUGAACGAGGGCAAAACGAAGUACCUCUUGUCAUCAUGCAAAGGGUCUCAGCGGUUAGGAGACCACGUCACUGUUGACAAUUACAACAAAUAUUCUAAACAUAUUGCACUAUUUAAUAAGACAAAAUAUUUUUUUUUUCAAAUUUUAAAUUUUUGAAACACGCCGGUGGCAGAAAGCCCCAUAUACAUAUAUAUUUAUAAAAAUAAUCAUCAUUUGAAUAAAUAAAUACAUAAAUUAAAAACAUAGUGUUAUAAUUAAUAUUUCCGCAGGAGUUAUACUUUCUUGGUAGUUUUUAUUUGGCUUAAAAAUUUAAGGUUUUACAUUUUGAAUACUUUCUUUUAUUUCAAUGCAUACCAAGCGAGGCAAAAGACAUAGAUAAUUGCAAAUUGUCCUAUUACGGGCGCAGUAGGCAAUUGAAAAGGCCAAAGUUACGGUAUAGACAUAGUGCGGCGCAUAAAAAUACAGCAGUUGCGCUGGCUUGGAUCUAUCGCCCGAAUGUAAGAAAAAACGAAAAAUGUACGACACCGAACCCACUGGUAGCCGACAAAGAAAAUGACGACCGAAACUCAGGUGGAGGAUCAAGUGGAUAUGGACCUGACGAAGCUUGAAAUCCCCAACUGGCGCCGUUGUGCGCAAUACAGAGAAGACUGGCGAAGGCUUGUAGUGCCAAUGGAUGAUGUUCUGAAAGUGAUGGCAUCAACACACAUGUUCAUUUCUGAUUGCACUCAUAUUUAAAAAAGCAAUUUCUAGUUAUUUAACGAAGGUUAUUUGUUUGUUCUUGGACAAUUAAUUUUUGCCAGUCGUUAUAAGGCAAAAGUUUGUCAAAAAAAUUUUUAAUUUUUUUUCGUUGGUUCAAAAAUGGCAUCCAUGUACUAUCGAAAUAUUUCAGUUUAUUGACUUUAAAUUAACCAAUAAUUAGUAACUGUCCACGGCAAGAGUAUUUUUUAUACGUACAUUUUUAUUAAAAAUAAUUAAAACGCCCUGUUUUCAACCUCUGAAACCCACCUAACCUCCUUUACAAAGGAAUGAAAAGUUAUUAAUAUUAUAGAUAUUAUUAACGCUAUAAGGUCUUAAUGAAGACAACGACUGUAGCUGUUGAGAAGGGGAAUUUCGGAUAUCCAUUCGCAAAGCU